UGCUUUAGACCACCAAACACGUCAGGAUUGGUUGUAAUUUGCGUUGCGCGUGAUGUUUUUAUACACAGCCGCAGCUAUUGCUCGAAAAAAUUAACGACAAACGUGCGUGACAAGCGUGUCUCGUUUCUUGAAGUCGUCCCCUCGAGAGAAGCUCGGCCGAGACGUCGAAAACGCCGGAAAGAUAAAUUUAAAUUGGACAACGAAUAUAGCGAACGAGAACUAUUGGUUGGGAUGUCCGAUUUUAGUUUGUGACGUCAUGCGCAAAACAGUUCAUUCCUCAUUCCCUCCGUAUAUCUAUCCAGCUGUCCGUGGUUUGGCAGUCCGGUGAACGAUAUUUCUCAGGGUGAUUGCUACGUAGGUUUCAUGUUGGUGGCCUUUAGUACGAGCGACGAGUGGCAAUUCAAGGUGUUAGAGUAUUGAUAGACGAUCGAGUGCUAAUCGGAAACCUGUUAGGUAGAACUAAUUUUGAACAACCUAUAACGGUAUUGUACGAUAGGGUGGCCUUCGGACUGACAAAAGGUAAAGACGUACGCAGCAGAAACAACUGGCGUUUUUUUCGCGUGUGUGACAAGGUUGUACGAAGUAACUGUCGUCGUGCAGCAGGACUGUUCGUUUCUUUUUAUCGGGCAACCAGCGUCAACGUGAACAAUCGUUACGUUCCGGGAUUUAUUUGCAUCAACGAUUUGGGAGCGACGAGCCCAUUUGUGAGGGAUGUCUACCCCCGCAAGAAGGAGACUAAUGAGAGACUUUAAGAGAUUACAAGAAGACCCACCUACUGGAGUAUCUGGAGCACCUACAGACAAUAAUAUUAUGAUAUGGAAUGCAGUUAUAUUUGGACCACAUGAUACUCCAUUUGAAGAUGGUACUUUCAAACUUACAAUAGAAUUUACAGAAGAAUAUCCAAACAAACCACCUACAGUGAGAUUUAUUAGUAAGAUGUUCCACCCCAAUGUGUAUGCUGAUGGAGGCAUCUGUUUGGACAUAUUACAGAAUCGUUGGAGCCCUACUUACGAUGUAUCUGCUAUUCUAACAUCUAUACAGUCCCUUUUGGAUGAACCAAAUCCAAAUUCUCCAGCAAAUUCAUUAGCUGCGCAAUUAUACCAAGAAAAUAAGCGGGAAUAUGAGAAGAGAGUGGCUACUGUUGUUGAACAAUCUUGGUUGAAUUUCCAAGAAAGUCACACAGAAGAUGCCCGCUGACAUUAAGUAUGGUUCAUUCACUGUUUUUCAUGACGUUUAUUCUUUUUUAAUUUUUUAGAAAUUUAUGGUCUGAAAUAUUCUUUCUGUAUUACUGAAACAUUAAAUCACACAACAUUAAAUCCUCCACUGUUCUACAGAACUUUUCUUAUACAUUCGAUUUAGAAGUGCUAUCUAGUUUUAUAAUAUAG